GGGAACUGAGUCAGCACCCUCUUUCUUCAACCCUUUUCUCUCUCUCUCUCUCUCUGUAUUCAAUCUUUUGAUGAUUUUCUGAAGCUCAAAAAACAAAGGAAAAGUGAAAAGAGAGAAGAUGCUGGAGAAAAUUGGGUUGCCGGAGAAACCAUCGCUGAAGGGGAAUGCUUGGGUGGUUGACGCCUCACAUUGCCAAACAUGUUCCUCACAGUUCACCUUCAUCAAUCGCAAGCACCAUUGCCGCAGGUGUGGGGGAAUAUUCUGCGGCAAGUGUACGCAGCAGAGGAUGGUGUUGCGUGGACAAGGCGACUCGCCUGUGCGUAUUUGCGAUCCCUGCAAAAAGUUGGAAGAGGCUGCGAAAUUCGAGCGAUAUGGAAAUAAAACUAGAGCUGCAAAAGUUGCAGGUGGCUCCAAAUAUGGUUCAUCGAGAGGAGACGAACUUCUAAACCAAAUUCUCGGUAACGAUGGGAAAAACAACAUUACACAGAACAACAGUGCAUCAUCUUCCAACAUUCUAGAAGUACUCGAAGGUGGAUAUAUAGAUAGAAACCUCUCUCUCGAUCAAAACACUGAUGUUUUAACAGAUGUAGGAUCUGCUACACCUGAAGACUUGCGUCAACAAUCUAUCGCAGAAAAGGCUCGACAUAGAACUUUAAAAGCCGAAGGAAAACCCGAAGAGGCAUUGAAAGCCUUUAAGAGGGGGAAAGAGCUCGAGAGACAGGCCGCAGCUUUGGAGAUAUCUUUAAGAAAAAAUCGAAAGAAGGCCUUAUCAUUCGCUGACAACACAGAGGAUAUUCUUCAACAAAUCAAAGAUGAUUCGAAACCAUCUCCUGAUAAUAAAAAUAAACUCCCGAAAAAAAAGAUAAAAGAAACCAACGAUCUUUCUUCUGAUCUCAAAGAAUUGGGAUGGUCGGAUUUAGAUAUCCGUGCUGCUGAAAAAAAGCCAGCAGCAUCUGUGGAGGGUGAGCUCUCUUCCCUUUUGAGGGAAGUAUCUCAAAAGCCGAAUAAAGAGAAGCGAAUUGGCAGCAGUGAAAAGUCUUCUCAGGUUAUCGUUCAUAAGAAAAAAGCUCUUGAACUGAAACGUGCAGGGAAUCUUCUAGAAGCCAAGGAGGAAUUGAAGAGGGCGAAAAUUCUCGAAAAGAAAAUCGAGGAAGAGGAGCUUCUAGGCGAGAGUGACGAAUCUGAUGACGAACUUUCGUCACUAAUACGCGAUAUGGAUGGUGAUGACAAAGAAGGCGAUCUUUUGGCGAGAUAUGAUAAACAGAAUCUUGAUAUUGAUUUCAGUCAGUUUGGUGGGAUUGCGGAUAAUAUUCCUGUAGAUGGUAAUUUUGAAGUGACGGAUGAUGAUAUGAAUGAUCCGGAAAUAGCUUCUGCUUUGCAAUCUUUCGGGUGGGACGAAGAUACCCCUGAUCCCGAGAUUGCAUCUUCUGAUAAGGAAUCAACUGUAACUGAGAUUCGGUCUUUGAAAAUAGAAGCUUUGAAUCAGAAAAGAGCAGGCAAUACUGUAGAGGCGAUGUCACUUCUAAGGAAGGCUAAAUUACUAGAAAAGGAACUCGAGAAUUCUGAUUCGAUGAAUACGGGGCCUGAUAUUAUUGUGAAAGAAGUUGCAAGUCCAGGUCCUAAAUUGGCUCCAAAGAGUAAACUGGUGAUCCAAAGGGAGCUUAUUGCCUUGAAAAAGAAGGCUUUGACUCUUAGAAGAGAAGGUAAAGUGGAUGAAUCGGAUGAAGAAUUGAAAAAGGCGAAGGCUUUGGAAGAGCAGCUUGAAGAUAUGAAUAAAGCUGCGGCACCUGUCAUACAGCCAAGUGUUGAUGUAAAUGCUGCUCUUGGUAAUGUAAAUGAAGAAGACGAAGAAGUGACGGAUCAAGAUUUGGGGGACCCGGCUUAUGCUUCUCUUUUGAAGAACUUGGGCUGGGACGAGGAAGAAAGUGUGACAACUUCAAAAGAAAAUAACGGGCCUCCGAAAUAUACCAAAGAUUCUCCUAUUACACAAUCUGUUGGUAAUGUCGAAGAACCAGUGAAGUCUAGAAAAAGUAAGAGCGAAAUUCAGAGGGAACUGUUGCAAUUGAAACGAAAAGCUCUUACACUCAGACGCCAAGGAGAGGGCGAUGAAGCUGAUGAAGUGUUGAAUAUGGCGAAAUUAUUGGAGGCACAGUUGGAGGAAUUUGAAAAGCCGAGCCAAACGGAAUAUUCACUGGAAAAUAACGAAAAGAAUUCACCCAUUGAUGCUAUACAAAAUACUGAAUCUUCUUUUCUUGAAGUGAAUCCACAAGUCAAAGACAGUGUUACACUUGAAAAACCCAUUACACUUGAAAAACCGGAAGAGAAGCCGUAUAUUCAAGAAUUGCACUCUUCACCGGAAAAUUCUAUUUCGCUGCAAAAAGAGAUCAUGGCCCACAAGAGGAAGGCACUUGCAUUCAAAAGAGAAGGAAAACUAGCAGAAGCUAAGGAAGAGCUUCGUCAGGCGAAGCUAUUGGAGAAGAGCGUGGAGAACAGCAACGCCGUGCCUCAGAGUGAUGACAUCAUCGCUCCUGUCAUCAACAAAGACGCACCUGCCAUCGACAAAGACGGCAGUCCUAGUGCGGCGCCACCCAAACAGCUGUCGGGCCGUGAUAGGUUCAAGAUACAGCAAGAGUCGCUUGCUCACAAGCGGAAAUCACUCAAGCUGAGAAGGGAAGGCAAAACUGCAGAAGCUGAUGCCGAGUAUGAAUUGGCUAAGGCUUUGGAAUUGCAGUUGCAGGAUUUGGAUGCACCGGAUUCUGGUGAACCGGCUGGUGAUGUUAGCGUCGAGGAUUUUCUUGAUCCUCAGCUCUUGUUUGCUUUGCGGUCGGUUGGAUUGGAAGAUGAUCGAACUAAUAAAUCAUCUCAGCUGGUUGUAGAAAAGCCGGAGUUGACUAAAGUCAACGCGGAUCCUGAUUUGGAAAGGGAGCAGCUGGUGGAGCAAAUUAGGGCGGAGAAAGUCAAGGCGUUGAGUUUGAAACGUUCUGGUAAGCCAGCUGAGGCAUUGGAUGCUUUAAAACGAGCCAAACUUUUCGAAAAGAAACUGCAAACCCUAACUUCGAUAUGAAGUGUUUGGGAAUUCAUAUUUGAGAUUUUGAAAAUGCUACUAAAUUUGGAAAUAUUUCGACAUAAUUGUUUGGCGCAUUAUUCUGAAAACGACAUGUAUGUGUGUGUGAACUUUUUUCGAGAUUGUAAAUAAAUGGUUUUUUGAAUUU